GUGUAGAGCAGUCUAAAAAAAAAAAAAGGGCAGGGCUUGGAGAAUGGGGAAAACCUGUUUUCGAUUCCGAUGAAAUAAGGAGUAAGAGGAAUCUCUGCUCAGUCCAGGACGCUGGCCUGGCCAAAGGAGCGCUCUCCGGGAUCAACACCUUGGAAGGACGUUUUAUUCUGGUAGAAUGUGGAGCUGCCAUUGGAAAUGGAAGCCACGCGCCCUUCUCUUCUUAUUUGUUCUGUGUCUCAUGUGCGUUCCUCUCUCAGGGUGAACAGUAGACUUGAGAACUUUUCUGGAGUGUCGGGAUGUGCCAGCUGCCGGCUUGUCUUGUCCAGCCCUUCUGGGACCUUUACUUCUCCGUGCUACCCUAACGACUACCCCAACAGCCAGGCCUGCCUGUGGACCCUCCGAGCGCCCGCUGGCUACAUCAUUCAGAUCACAUUUAAUGACUUCGACAUUGAAGAAGCUCCCAAUUGCAUUUACGACUCCUUAUCUCUCGAUAAUGGAGAGAGCCAGACUAAAUUUUGCGGAGCAACUGCCAAAGGCCUAUCAUUUAACUCAAGUGCGAAUGAGAUGCAUGUGUCCUUUUCAAGUGACUUUAGCAUCCAGAAGAAAGGUUUCAAUGCCAGCUACAUCAGAGUUGCUGUGUCCUUAAGGAAUCAAAAGGUCGUUUUACCUCAGACUCCAGAUGCUUACCAGGUAUCUGUUGCAAAGAGCGUCUCCAUUCCAGAGCUCAGCGCUUUCACGCUCUGCUUUGAAGCAACGAAAGCUGGUAAUGAAGACCACGACUGGACAGCUUUCUCCUACUUAGAUGCCUCAUUCUCACAAUUGCUCAGUUUUGGAAAGGCCAAUGAGGGCUACUUCCUGUAUAUUGCUGGCACAAAAUGCUUGCUGAACAGCGCAUUACCUGUGAAGGAAAAGGAAAAUAUUUUCACAGAAAACUUUGAGCAGCUCUGCAUUGUUUGGAAUAAUUCUUUGGGCUCUGUUGGUAUAAAUUUCAGAAGAAACUAUGAAUCAGUUCCAUGUAACUCUACCAUUAGUAAAGUUAUUCCUGGGAAUGGGAAAUUGUUGUUGGGAUCCAAUAAAAAUGAAAUAGCCUCUCUGAAAGGGGACAUUUAUAACUUUAGACUUUGGAAUUUUACCAUGAAUUCGAAAAUCCUCUCCAACCUCAGCUGUAAUGUGCAAGGGAAUGUGGUUGACUGGCAAAAUGACUUUUGGAAUAUCCCAAGCCUGGCUCUGAAAGCUGAAAGCAACCUGAGCUGUGGUUCCUACCUGGUCCCACUUCCCACAGCAGAACUAGCUAACUGCGCAGAACUGGGGACCCUCUGUCAAGCAACUGUAAACUCUUCUAGUACUACACCACCCACUGUCACCACUAACAUGCCUGUUACUAAUAGAAUCGAUAAACCAAAGAAUGAUGGAAUUAUGUAUAGAAUAUCCAUAGUGAUUCAAAAUGUCCUUCACCACCCUGAGGCCAAAGUACAGAGCAAGGUGGCAGAAUGGCUCAAUGCAACUUUCCAGAAUUGGAACUACACUAUUUAUGUGGUUAAUAUCAGUUUUCACCUGAAUACUGGAGAGGACAAGAUUAAAGUCAAGAGAAGCACUAUGGAUGAUCAAAGGAUGGCGCUUUGGGCCCUUAUCAUUUACAAUGACACCAACAACGUCCACUUAGAAGGAAAAAUCAUUCAGGAGAAGCUUUUGCAAAAUAACAAGUCCCUGGAUGAGGGCUUGCGACUGUAUACGGUGAAUGUGAGACAACUGGGCAUCUGUGUUUCCGUGGAGGAACCCAAAGGUUUUCACUGGCCAGCGAUCUCCCCUGCUGAGUACAGCCUCCCAUGUCCUGACAAGCCCGGCUUCUCGGUUUCGCGGACAUGUUAUCGCAAUGCAUCAUUAGCCUUUUGGGGACCGCUUGAUGUUUCCAACUGUUCAAGGGAAGCAAAUGAAGUUGCCAAUCAGAUUUUAAAUUUAACUGCUGAUGGACAGAAUUUAACUUCAGCCAAUAUUAACAGCAUUGUAGAACAGGUCAAAAGAAUUGUGAAUAAGGAAGAAAAUAUUGAUAUAACACUCGGCUCAACUCUAAUGAAUAUAUUUUCUAAUAUCUUAAGCAGUUCAGAUAAUGACUUGCUUGAGUCUUCUUCCGAAGCUUUGAAAACAAUUGAUGAAUUGGCCUUCAAGAUAGACCUAAAUAGCACACCACAUGUGAAUAUUGCAACUCGAAAUUUGGCUCUUGGAGUAUCAUCCUUGACCCCAGGAAUGAGUACAAUUUCAAAUUUUAGCAUUGGUCUUCCAAGCAAUAAUGACUCAUAUUUCCAGAUGGAUUUUGAGAAUGGACAAGUGGAUUCAUUGGCUUCUGUAAUUUUGCCUCCAAACUUACUUGAGAAUUUAAGUCAAGAAGAUUCCGUGUUAGUUCGAAGAGCACAGUUUACUUUCUUUAAUAAAACUGGACUUUUCCAGGAUGUAGGACCCCAAAGAAAAACCUUAGUGAGCUAUGUGAUGGCAUGCAGUAUUGGAAACAUUACUAUUCAGGAUCUGAAGGAUCCUGUUCAAAUUAAAAUCAAACAUACAGUAACUCAGGAAGUACAUCAGCCCAUCUGUGCCUUCUGGGAUCUGAACAAAAACAAGAGUUUUGGGGGAUGGAACACGUCAGGAUGUGUUGCUCACAGAGAUUCAGAUGCCAGUGAGACCAUCUGCCUGUGUAACCACUUCACACACUUUGGGGUCCUCAUGGACCUUCCACGAAGUGCCUCCCAGAUAGAUGCAAGAAACACCAAAGUACUCACAUUCAUCACCUAUAUCGGGUGUGGAGUGUCUGCUAUUUUCUCAGCAGCAACCCUCCUGACAUACGUUGCUUUUGAGAAACUACGAAGGGAUUAUCCCUCCAAAAUCUUGAUGAACCUCAGUUCAGCCCUGCUGUUCCUGAAUCUCAUCUUCCUCCUGGACGGCUGGAUCACUUCCUUUGAGGUGGACGGACUGUGCACAGCAGUUGCCGUCCUGCUGCACUUCUUCCUCCUGGCCACCUUCACCUGGAUGGGGCUGGAAGCGAUCCACAUGUACAUUGCUCUGGUUAAAGUAUUUAACACCUACAUCCGCCGCUAUAUUCUAAAAUUCUGCAUCAUCGGUUGGGGUUUGCCUGCCUUAGUGGUGUCUGUUAUCCUAGCGAGCAGAAAACAAAACGAAGUCUACGGUAAAGAAAGUUAUGGGAAGGAACAAGGUGAUGAGUUCUGUUGGAUUCAGGACCCGGUGGUGUUUUAUGUGACUUGUGCUGGGUAUUUUGGAGUCAUGUUCUUCCUGAACGUUGCCAUGUUCAUCGUGGUGAUGGUGCAGAUCUGUGGGAGAAACGGCAAGAGAAGCAACCGGACCCUGCGAGAAGAGGUCUUACGGAACCUGCGCAGCGUAGUUAGCCUAACCUUCCUGCUGGGAAUGACGUGGGGUUUCGCUUUCUUUGCCUGGGGACCCUUAAAUAUCCCUUUCAUGUACCUCUUCUCCAUCUUCAAUUCAUUGCAAGGCCUAUUUAUAUUUAUCUUCCACUGUGCGAUGAAGGAGAACGUUCAGAAGCAGUGGAGGCGGCAUCUCUGCUGUGGUAGAUUUCGCUUGGCAGACAACUCAGAUUGGAGCAAGACAGCUACCAAUAUAAUCAAGAAAAGUUCUGAUAAUCUAGGAAAGUCUUUGUCUUCAAGUUCCAUUGGUUCCAACUCUACCUAUCUUACGUCCAAAUCUAAAUCCAGCUCCACCACCUAUUUCAAAAGGAACAGCCACACCGACAGUGCUGCCAUGGACAAGUCCUUGUCAAAACUGACUCAUGCUGAUGGAGACCAAACAUCUAUCAUCCCUGUCCACCAGGUUAUUGACAAAGUCAAGGGUUAUUGCAAUGCUCACUCCGAUAACUUCUAUAAAAAUAUUAUCAUGUCAGACACCUUCAGCCACAGCACCAAGUUUUAAUGCUGUCAGUCCAAGAAAAAUAAAACCAGUCACAGAAAUGUGAAGAUCUGCGAGCAGAGGGAACUACAAGGAACAAGUCUAAAUGGGCUCUUACCUAGGCAACUGCGCAGAGAUGAGGGAUGUAUUUUGUUAAGAAGACUUUCAUGAAACUCAGAAUUUGACUUUUCAGUGUGUGUCUUAGAUGGCGGGCUCCUGUUGCCUCUGAGACUUCAGUACUGAGAACAGUAUUUGAACCAAGCUAAUCAGAACUCAGGAGCAGACAUUAAAAUUAGAGGUCAAAGGAGGAACAAAACUAAGAAAAAAAUUACUCUAGGGUUCGUAUACCUGAUCCUUGUUUCUAAUGUUUAGAUGCCCAUUUGCUGUGUUUUCUUUCCCAACAAUAAGCAAUAUGGUAACAUUUGUAACUAUCCCGGCUGCUCACCAGUUCCAUAUCCGUGCUAUCUUCUAAGAAUGCAGCAGCAAUUACUCUGUGUAAACAUUAUUCUGUGACAUUUCAACCACAGAUUAAAACAGACCAUGUGAUCAAAAAUUUUUUAAAAAUUUCUUUAUUAUAUCAAUAUGCAAGGAAGUUUUCCCAAGUAUUGACCUAGUUAAUAUGAAGCUAUGUAAAUUUCUACUAUUUUAUUUAUUCAUUCUGUCCAAGAUAAUUGCUUAAGCAACAUCAAUAUUUAUAGCUUAAUCCCUUACAUUUGAAUCUGAUUUAGUGAUGACACCACAUUAAUGUGGACCUUGGCCCUUUUGUAAUCAUUCAAAAAUGAAUCUGUCACACCUCUGGUUUUCCUUCUGUACUGUAUAUUGAGCCUACAGGCUCAGGGAAACAAGUAGAAUUUCUAUUAAGUAUACUGUGUACAACAGUCUUUCUUCUUUAGGAGACACAUCUUUGGGACUUUGGUCCCCAUCUUUGCUUUAAUGACUUUGUGGCAUUUCCAGUCACACAAAUAUAGUCCUCUUAUUUCCCCCAUUGAGAAUCUUGGUCCAAAGAAUAUAAUGUGGUACAUGUGAUAUCUUGGUUAAUAAAAAUAACGCAUAGAUGUGUGGGUCCACAACUAAUAGUUUCCAAAAAGAGUUGCACAGGGUCCUCUAGUUAAUCAUAUGUAAGAGCCAAAAGAGCCCUGCUGAGACACAGUGUAGUAUUUAUACAUCAGGCUGCUGUAAACAAGUCAUGCAUAAGAUUAAGCAGGUCACCUAACUCUCAAGCUAUCCUGAGCUUACUUAUGAAAGUAUAGGAAACCACAUUUGAAUUGUUCGUAAGUGAUGUCAUCCUACCCAGCUCCUUAGAAGUGAGACUCAGUGUAUGCUGUGCCUUUACAAUUGGGUUCCCAGGAGAGGAUCAGGUUCACAGAAGCAGCCAGCUGCUUAAGUGAUGAAGAGAGGAGAGACCCUAGCAGAGCUAGCGAGCUUGGAGGCAGAGGCCAGAACCAAGUCCUGAAAGCUUGUGUCCUGUGAAAAGCACAGGUGGUUCGCCAUCUGAGAUAUAGAAGAGCAUGAAGGCCUUGCAGCCACUCAGAGGACCUCUUGCCUUUUGGUGAGCUCCAGUAAUGAACAUAGCCAGGUUUGAAAGGGUGGUGAGAUGAUGUGGUGGUGGCUGUUAGGACUGUUCCAUUUUGCAGCAAGGAGACGUGACUGUUGCCCCACCUUACUUUCCUGGGGAAUGAGUAUUUGGAAGAAAAAGAUAGUAAAAUCUUAAGAUUACUAAGAUUCACUACAGUAGAGCCAAAUCCUUUCCUAUAAACAUAUGUUAACAGGCUGCUUAUUGUGCCAAAGUUUGCAUAUAGGUGAAAAUUAAUCUUAGCCAUUAAAUAUUUAUAUACUUCCCAACCUUAGAUAUUCAUAAUAGAUUUAAAUAAGCUUUCUACUGUGAGAUUUCUGCACGAAGUGCAUAUUGAGUUAAGAAGCAUUGAGAUUCAGCCUGAAAAAUGAUUUUGCUUUUGAUUUUCACUCAUAUACCAUCCAGAUCUGGAAAAACAUCUUUUAACUGAUGACAGUGUCAGCUUUCCUUUAGAUUUUCAAAAAUCAGGUGAGAAAAAGUGAAGCAGCUGAAUAGAACAUUUGCAAAUGGACUUAGAAGAUCGGACCACAUUCCACCAAUGGUUCUAAGUGUGCAGCUCUCACCAUCAGGUAGCCCCGCAAGGAAGCUGGGCAGGAGUUCACCCUAGGCCAAAAUUCAGCUUGCAGCCACCUUCCAGUGUAGUUCACACUGUGUUGAUUCUUCCUCCUUCUUAACCACACUGUGUUAUUAAAUAAGCUUUAGCCUAGGAUCCUAGAUCAUUCCCAUUUUUGUCAUUAUUUCUUGUAUCGUGAAGAGGAUGAUCUUUGUUGUUAGCGUAGACUCUCUUGUACAUAUUUAUUUAUUUGUGUUUUUGAAUGUCAACUUGUUUCAUCUUAGCUUUAAAUUGCCUAGCUUUGUUGUUUUAAUUAACUUUUUAUUAGAGAGACUGUAUAUAUUUUUCUAAAAAAAUUGUGAAAUAGUUUUCUGUAGCAAUAUCCUUGAACAUGGUGGGUGAAAGUGACUGUGAGGGCGAAUUGGAAUUGGUGGUGUCCACCUACUGCAGCUGAUUUGCCAUUUUACUUCAACGGAAAAUGUUUUUCAAAUAAAUACUUAUAUUGUUCAUGGUCCAAA